UCUCCGGGCUCCGAUCCCGGUUCUUUCGACCGCCAAGCUCCGCCACGACGACGACGAAAGCUCCCUCGCUCCAUGCGUCCAAACUAGAAACGUCAAUCUGCAGCUCAUCUGAUGACUAUGAAUCAAUAGUGGGGUAUAUGAUAACGAUUCUUUUCUGUAGCAUGAAGAAUGCUAUCUUUUCAAAGACGGGAGCAAGACUAAGUUCCUCUUCUGACGCCACACGCCGUCGACACGAUGCCUGGGGUUCCAUCGAAUAAGGCGUGUGAGCGAUGUAAAAAGCGUCAUCUCAAGUGCGACGAGACACGUCCGAAUUGUCAGCGUUGCACCAAUGCCGGAGUUGAAUGCCCGGGAUAUGUUCAGACCCGGAAGUUCAUCGAUCAGGGCGCCUCAGUCCGACGUCGGUAUGCUCCCUAUAGAGAUAGCGACUCCAAGCGAGGCACUCCAGACAGUCCGAGGAGGAUUACCAGAGAAAGUCCGGCCGGUAUAGAUAUAGAUGGAAGCGUAACGGGAGAUAUGAUAAGCCAGAGCACUCUCUCGUCACAGAGGACUGCGUCAUCUGCAGCAGAUCAACUCCUGGAGGCCAGUCAAGGCUUUUUUGGAUCGUCAGGAGAGGAGUCGAGAGAGCACAAUUUAUCACAAGCGCAUGCCCAGGAUGAAACUGACAGAAGUGCUCCCAACCAGCCAGCUGCAAUCCUCCAAGCUGAUACUACGACAACACUUCAACAGCCAUGGAGUGUUUUGAACAGGGGCAACCCUCAAUUUGCACUUAGUCCAAACAACACAUUCGGUGAUGCGUCUCACCCCCAAGGCAACACUCCUGUCCAUUUUCAACAUGAAAACGCACCGACACCUGCUAGGAUACCAUCUCUAGAUAGCCAAUCAUCUAGGGGCGAGAAAGAGGACUUCCACGAUGUUGUGUCGGAGCUGAUGACUGACACUGAGCACGAGAUCUCUUUUCUCAUACGUCAUUUCAGUCAAGUCAUAGCACCAUGGCUCGAUCUAUCGGAUUCUAGAAGAUUCUUCGCAACCUACGUUCCUCUACGUGCUAUUGACAAUGACUUCGUGAGAUAUUCGAUCGCCGCCUUGGCAGCAAAACAUCUCGGCCAAAUGAAAGGAGCGACAUGUACGGCAAGCAUUGGGAUGUUCACGACUCCGGCAACCAUGGAGACGUAUCUGAACGCUCCGGAUGUGGACUGGUUUUUGAAAGCUGCAAACUAUUACUAUCUUGCUAUCACACGUAUGAGCUCCAGCAUGUCAGAGUCCUAUAUGCCGUCCAGCUCUGCUGUUCUGGAAUAUCCGGUGGACAUAAUAGACAACUGGCUGCGUCAGAAAAUGCUGAAUAGCCCACCAUCUGCGACAGACAGCUCCGUCUGGAAAAAGGCGGAGACUUUACUAACUACAGCAACAGUCCUUACCAUGUAUAGACUCAUAUGUGAGCCUGGAGAGAAGUGGCAGUCCUAUCUCACAGGCGUCAAGCCACUAUUUGAAUCACUACUGCAACUAUAUGGCAAUUCCUCAGAUAACCCUGUCAAAUUCUCCCACGGAAUAAAGGCAUCAUUUUGGAACUUUGCGCGUCAGGAUUAUCUAGCAUCAUACUUCAGCCGCCUACCCACCUAUCUCGACCCCACCAAUCUCCCACUAUGGCGAGCAGCCGGUCUCCCCAUCAACGAGCAAGGCGAGAUCAUUUCAGCCAGCUACAUAUUCCACUCUCACGAAGACCUCGCCUCAAACAGCCUGACCUGGCUUAUGUCCAAAGUGACCAACUUCCUCGCCCACUUCAAAACAUCGCAACUAGACCAAAUAGUCCCCCAAUCACCAACCACCGCCCCCAUCAGUCCUCCAUCCCCAACUACAUGGCUCAACCUCUCUUUCGAACUCCAAUCCUGGGUCGACCGCAUGCCCGAAACCUUCCGCCCAUGUCUCCGCCUCAACAACCCCCGAGACACGUCUAAACUACCCGAGGUCUCUUACAUGCCAUUUCCCGAAAUAUACUACAGUCUUCCCUCAUGCGCGGCCUCAAUGCAACAAUACCAUUUCGCCCGUCUCGCGCUAUGUCUCAAUCGUCCCGCCGACGCCAUCACAAGCCCCACCACCGCAUUCGACCGGAUUCAAAGCUACAGAGAAGUAACCAAGGAAGCAGACUACCGUUGCAAAGAAAUCAUCGGCAUCUCACUGGCCCGACCGCAGGGUUGUGCACGUAUAUAUAUGACCGCCUUCCUCUUCGGCGCUGGUCAAUGUCUAGAGAAGCCCACUGAGCGCCAAAUCCUCCUUGAUUUGCUCUGCGGUAUCGGGGCGGACCUAGGAUGGGAGACAGAGUCGGGGAUUCAGAAGCUAAAGGCCUUGUGGGGGGAAAAUCAGUAGCUUAGAUCGUUUUAGAAUUCGUUUUCAUCAUAGACAUUAUUGAAAGACUUGUCGGCAAAGAUAGAUGAAUGCCAACCCUCGACCCCACAGCGGCUUAAUCCCGCCAACCCAACUAAACCCCACGCUCAAGUGGAGUCAAAUCCGGGGAAGUGGAGUCCACCCACCGCACCCAAUAAGAAAAAAACAAUCACGACGUCGUCCAGGAGCAAUAAAGGAACCUCAUCGACUUCAAGGUC